AUGGCAUUACCAUCAACGUAUGAUGAGGUGAAACUUCACCUGCAACAAGUCCUACGUGACCCCUCCAUUCGCUUAGACAUUCCCAUCAUUGACAAACUGAAGCUGCAGCUUACAGAGAGUACGGACAGCAGUGUCCCUGCAACUCUCUUGCCGCUGAUCUCGCAGCUGCUUCCUGUGCUCCAAGAAGAUCCCACUCCUAUCACUUCUCUUGCUAUUAAGGCUACAGCAUAUACUAGCUUCAAUGAUCUCCGUUUGGUUGAUCCUCCGAUCGAUUUCAUUGCGGGCUUCAAGGCACCGUCGCCACCCAUCAAUUCACUAGCUUUAGCUUUACUGAGCAAGGCGGGACAGACGCCCAGCGACGCCGCCAUAGUGGCCGGUGACUCCGAACUGGUCGCUUCAUUGGUGGAACUCUGGCUCUCGACCUCUUCAACUGCCGUCGCUCAGGCUGCUUUCGAUGCUAUCUGGGCACUACUAGAAGUUGAUCUGACAAGUCCUCUAGAGAAUGGGGAAGGUGCCAAUGAAGGCCAAGAGGCUACUGGAGGGCAGGGCCUCGUGUGGAGAAGGAUUUUCACGGACAGAGACGUUUAUGGACGCUUAUUUUCAUUGUGCAGUCUCACCGAGAACGGCCCUGGAAGCCUUUCGAAACGCGACAAAACCGUAGCCCAAGGCCGUCUGAUGGGCUUCCUUACGAAGGCUGGCAACCUGCGCUGGGACAUUAUCUCAAGCUCACAAAUACCGGAUAUUGAAACUAGAUACAACAGUAGCAGCCUUCUGCAUUUUGCGGCUUGUGAAAUGGUCGACAGAACUGACGUUCUAAUGCAUAUGACCUUGCUGAAUUUCUUCCAUGACCUCCUUGAGAUCCAAGCCCCGGGCCUUACUGCUCGGUCCUUUGUCCAAGCGGCAUCUACCUUCUCGUCCCCCGCUCUUGACUUCCUUAUUUUGCACGACAUACAUUCCUCUCUCCUGAGCUACUACUUGGACGAGUCGAAAUUGGAUCCUGUGGAUCUGAACUAUCUAUGUGGUCCUAUCAUGGCUUACGUUGCGCAGUAUGCGGAGUUGUAUCCUAAUCAUUUUCUACAGAACCCCAAGCAUCUAUUAGAUCGAAUUCUAUCACGGAUUUCCGCAUCAGUAACGAUCUCAUCCGCCCAGUGGGCACAUGGGCCUGUCCCAAGCGGCCAACUCAAUGUGCUUUCCUGCAUUCCCCGAGUUUUGCUUGUGGAUGCUACUAAACAGGGCCUAAACGCCGUUCUUGCUCUUCCCACGAGCCCACCCAACAAGGAGGCAUUAGAUGUGUUGAGCAAAAUUCUUCACGGCCCUUCGAAACUGUACCUUGCCGAUACGAUGGAGCUCAAUACCUCUGGUCAGACAGCCACAGAUUGGCAUAAAGAGGCAGCAGCAGCUCGGAUACUUUACUUUAUGUACUUGAACCAGCACAGCACUUUCUGGACGGAUGUCGUCGCUGCGGCUGACAUUUUGGCCAUGAAGGACGUCUCUCUAGCAGCCAUCUCCUUCAUGAGAGCGAUUAUCACAGCGAACUGGGAGAAGCUCUCCAGGGAAGUGACUUCUUCUGUUCCAGGCACAUCCCGGUACCAGCUUCCCUCUGAACAGGGUUUGGGCAGCCUGUCCCCAGCUUCUCAAGGAGUCCUUCCUUCAUCGGGGGCCUGGGCAGCUCUCACCCCACCGGCUUUGACUGUCCUUUUACCUUAUCUUUUCAAGGCACCCCGCUCGUAUGCCGAGUUUGUUGGAGGUGGCGCAGGUGAUUCACAAAACGCAGUUUGGAAAGUUGCAACAGCGAAAUACGAGGUGCUAGUGGCAUUGCACGAUCAUCUCAAGGAAACCGGCGGUGAGAUAGCAGGAUUUGAGGAUAUAAUGCGCACACUGCAGCAGAGGGCUUCACUCAUGUCCCGAUUCGGAGCGAAAAAGGGCAGAAAGCUGCCCGGCGCAGAAUUUACCUGGGACAAUGACCCUAACGGGGAACCAGACACUGCGCCUACACCUCUCUACCCUAAAUACACCGUUCCGCAAGCCCGAUCCUUAAACGAGCGCGAGCAAAAGCAAGUCGACCUGUACCGCGCUCUUCGCGAGCAGUUCCACGAUGGCCCCUACUACUCUGUUCUCGAUCCGGGGUUGUCAGGUCGGAAGACGAAGGCGGCGAGGCAGCAUUUCGAUCCGUUUCACGGUAUGCCGUCUUAUUCGGGGAAGUAUCAGAAGAAGAAGAGAGCCAUUCCGAAAUUGAGUGGGCGGCCUUAUAUUAUGAAGUACUUCCCCCGCGACGAUCUUUGGGAGGUCAUUCAGCCGAACUUCAAGGCCGGUGCGGCGGUGGAUGGGUUUGUUGCGCGGAUGGUGCGGCCGCCGAUGAAGCGUGGAUUCGAGGAUGAUGAUGAAGAGGAAGAGGAAGAUAUCGGGAAGCGGCGGAAGACGGGCGAUGAGGAUGAUGAGGGUGGUGAGAAUGACGAUCUCCUGGAACCGGAUGAUGAGCAGGGUGAGGAGGAGAUUAUGGACGAUGACUUUGAGGAUGACGAUGAUGAGAUGGGUGGCGACUAUAACGCUGAACAGUACUUUGAUGGCGGUGAUGAUGAAUAUGGGGACGACGGAUUCGGGGAUGGUGGCGGUGGCGGUGAUGAGGAUACUUAUUAA